UUGAGAUCUCCUCACUGAAGAAGAUCUUCUUCACAAUUACUUCACGGUGUGUUGUACGUGUUAGGACAGGCUGCUGAGUUUCAGUCUGGAAUUCAGUCAGGACUACCUAGGACUCAUUCAGCUGUGGGUCAGUAGAACCGCGCUUGGAAGAGUUGGGAGUACUAGAAGUUCUGGGUUCGUAUCGUGGACAAGCCUAUGUUUUGGGGCAGUGGUAGCUCAGUUAAAAUGUUAGACUAGAUAUUUUUCAUCUCUGUUCUGGUACCGAGGUGGUGGAAUGAACUUCUCCUUAGAUGUUCCAACAGAACACCUUCAUGAAUCCUGUAUGAAUCCUGCAGACAGACUGAUACGUCGAUCAGAAGUCGAUUAGAGAAAUGGAGAGACUCGUGGUCUUACUCUCAUUGUUUCUCCUCACCACAGCUGAAAGACAAGAUCUUUCAGGUAAAAUGUUCACGUUUCCUGUGGAGUCCAAUACUCAUCACGUGCUCCUGAGUCCUGAGCUGAAUAAGAUCAUGUUCACCGUGAGCGUAUGUCUGCGUUCCUUCUCCGACAUCUCCAGAGCUCAGAGCCUUUUCUCACUUUCUCUACCAUCGGCGGACAACGGAUUUUUAAUUUACAAGUCGAAGAAAGCGCUGUACGAAUUGUACAUAUUAGGUGCAACAAACACUUUUUGGGGUUUACAGGAUGAACCGAAUGUCUGGAAUUCGAUCUGCGCUACCUGGGAUGCUACCACAGGGCUCUCUCAGCUGUGGGUCAACGGAAUCCCGAGCUCACGAAAAGGAAUCAAGGCAGGAAGCUCUUUAAUGGGAAUUCCAAAAAUCAUCUUGGGUCAAGAGCAAGAUUCCUACGGUGGAAAGUUUGACACCGCGCAGUCAUUUGUAGGGAUGCUGACCGAUGUGCACAUGUGGGACUCUGUUCUGUCUCCGGCUCAGAUUGCGUAUUAUACAUCCGGCGGACAGUUUCAGCCGGGAAACGUUCUCAACUGGAACUCACUAGAAUUCACUAAAAACGGGUACGUGGUUGUGGAAAGCAAGGAAACGUCUUAUAAAGUCGGUUUUUAGGAUCAAGAUUCGGAUGCAUGCUAACAAGUCAUAAAUACUCCAUAAUU